AAAAAUGUUCUAUGAAGUAGCACUAGCAGACCUCACUGCUCUUCAGAGGAGCUCAGGCAAGUCCGCUGUGCUUACGCUCCUCCUGAUGUAAUGCAGCAGGGCACAGGAGGAUGGCUCUCUGAAGAGAAUGUGUCAGAGCAGGCAUGUCAAGCAGGGGACUAUGAGAAGCUAGCUCAAGUUUGCAUCAUGAGUAAAAGACCUCAUCUUGCUUUAGAAUACAGUGGAAAGGCAACUAAAAUUCGGCAGAAGGCUUUUGGCAAUGACCAUCCCAUUACUACAAGGAGUCUGGAGCUCCUGGCCUCUGUCUAUGCAGAAAUAGGAAAGACAGAAUAUUCAGGACAGUAUACCUCUGCGCUGUCGAAGACUUUCUCACCUGCCGACUCAUUCAGUAAAGUUUUAAAUGGUGUGCCUUUAGCAAAGACAGAGGUCUGCCAAGACAGGAAGAGACUGCAUAAGAAGGAUCUGCUGCUUUCCUCAACAAACAGUAAAGAGAAGGUCACAACAUGUAAGUGUCUCACCUCUAUACUGAGGAAGAGGUCAAGCUUCAGCUGCUCUGAGAACGAGUUCACGCACAGAAAGAAGUCAGACCGAAGGGUCCGGUUCAGGGAGCCUGAGAUCAUUGUACAUGACAUUCCUUACUAUGAUUGUUUACUAGCUUAUGAGCAAUCGACCAAUAGAACACACUUUGCCCUGCUGGCUUGCAUCUUCAUUUUACUGUCUGUGCUGGGAGUCGUACUAUACUGCACUGACAAGAGGAGACCCUUGAAAGUGUGUGAAGAAUUGGAGUCUGUUUUAAUUGUCUAUUUUCUUCAGAUGAAGCAAAUCCUCUGGGGUUAUUGAACAUGGCUCACAAGGCAAUGAAAGCAAGAGCGUGAAAAAUGAAAUGUGAGACUUUCCAUGCUCCUUGCCUCUGGCUUUUCUCAUAAAGCCAGGCUUCAGGAAAUAAAAGGUUUGCUUAAAACGACUUAAUUUAUGUUUCAGGACAUUUCGAAAUUCUUCUGCUGUUUCAGAAAACCAAUUAAAAAAAAAAAAUUAAAAAAGCAUUUCUUAAGUAUAAUAAACUGUGUAAAGGGUAUUCAAAGUAUAAUGUAGUAACCAUGGCAAUGUAAAUAUUUUUAGUGAAUUAUUUUUGUUUUCCUUUUUUUUUAUCUUAUUAUGUUAGAUUUUUCUAGAGAGAAUGGCAUCCAGACUUGUUUUGUAGCAUUCAGUUACUGAUUGUCUUUAUCAACUGAGCAGAAGGACCAAAAGGUCAGUGGGUGCAGACUGCAGUAGAGAAGGCUUUAGGUAGAAGGCUCAUAUGCAAUACUUGCUCACUAACCAAUCUGAUGAAGUUGUGAACCUGGUGUGAAAGAUACCACCCAUUGUGUACUGAGGUCAUGAAUGAGCACCUGAGUGCGGAUUCUAUUAAACUCAAUAAAUCUUACCUGUUACAGACUUCCACGCACUAAAUAUAUUUUAUCAGUCAGUCUCAAAAGAUGUGGGUUUUAAAGAAAUAUUUUUGUUUUAUUUUAAGACCUCUAGUGCUACACUAGGUUAAUGAAAUCUAUGUGUUACUUGUGUCGUGUGCAUAUCUCCUUGGUCAUUUGACUUGGAGAGUGAAAUUGUCUCUACUCCUUCAAUGCCUUCUUUCCAGUCAUUAACUAACCAGUUUCUUCUGCUUUGCAGCCAGUAACAUGCUUUGACCCUGAGUUAAGGUGAUAUAACAUAGGAGGUGACGCUGAAACACAUUUAGGCAAGCAAACUGAGAAAUUUCUGUAACCUUGUGUACAGCUAUGGCCACAAAUUUUGCAUCACCAGGAAUUUUAGGAGUGAGAAAUAAUUUAAGAAAAACUAUAUGAACAUAAUAAUCUGUUAUUUAAAAUUAUGUACCUGUUAUAAAAAAAAAUGUAUUUACUAUAACACGUUUCUUUCAAAACUUCACCUAUAAUGGAUGGUAAAAUUUCUGUAAUUAUUUUUGUAAGCUACUACCACCAAGCUGAAUAAGCUUGAGAGGCUGUUACACUAUUAAACAACCAAAUGUAAUUGUUUUGUUUGUCUUUGUAUGCUAUAAACAAAUACUGGAUUUGCAUUUGCAUAAAAUUAUGACUUAGAAGGAAAAAUGUAAGAAAAUAAGAUCUAAUCUGCUUCUGAGUUUCAGAUUCUGUUGAAAUGCAUUCGUACUACUUGUAUUUUAAUUUAAAAUUGUGUAUA